AACCGAUCCGGAGCGGCUCUCAGACGUGCGGUACCGCACUGGGCUUCCUGAGGGCGCGCGGCCAUGGCCGACAAGAAGUUGGGAGAAGCGCGAACACAGUUUGUGGAGAAGGUGAACAAAGCUGUCAUCAGCAAAGUCCUGGAUGAUCUGCUAGAAAAAGGGGUCUUGAAUGAUGAGGAGGUGGAAAAGGUGAAGGAGAAAUCUGUCACGCAGGAACAAGCCAGAACUCUGAUCGAUGGCGUCAGGAAGAAGGGCCCCAGAGCCAGCCUCAUCGCUAUCAAGAGCAUCCAUGCCCGAGACGUUUUCUUGGCUGAACAGCUGGGACUGACGGUCUUUUUGGAAGGAAGUCCAUCACAACCCCUCCAAGCUCUUGGUCCAAGGGCCAUCCUCUCUGUGGAAGAAACCCAGCCAGUGAAAUCCAGACAGGGGACCACGCUUUGCCCUCCAAAUGCCUUUGAAGAAACCCAACCGGUGGAAUCCAGACAGGGAAUCAAGCUUUGCCCUCCAAAUGUCUUUGACAAGAUCCAAAAGGAGGAAUCUACCAAGAUCUAUCCUAUCAGGGACUUGAAGAGACGCACCCGCUUGGCCUUGAUCAUCUGCAACAUAGACUUUGAGUCUGCCUGCUUCUCCAGGAGGGAUGGAGCCGAAGUGGACAAAGCAGGGAUGGAGCGCCUCCUGACAGGCCUGGGGUACAAAGUGGAAUCGCAUACCAAUUUAUGCUCAGAGGAAAUGGCCGAUCGUUUAAGAAAGUUUGCUGCUCGGAAGGAACACGAGGCCUCCGACAGCACCUUUGUGGUGCUCAUGUCUCACGGCCUGCGGGCCGGCCUGUGUGGAGUGAAGAGCCAGGGCGAGAACUCUGACAUCCUGUCCCAUGACACCAUCUACUCCAUCCUCAACAACAAGAACUGCCCAGCUCUGAGGGAUAAGCCCAAAGUGAUCAUCAUCCAAGCGUGCCGUGGGGAAAACAAAGGCGUUAUAUACGUGAGCUGCACAGACACACCCUCCGCUGAUUCCCUGUCACCUGCCCCGGAGCUCCCGGAAAAGUACGAAAGUGAUGCCCUUCGACGAGUGCAUGUGGAGAGUGACUUAAUCUGCUUCUGUUCCACAACCCCUGAUAAUGUGUCCUGGAGGAGCCCUCAGACGGGAUCCAUUUUCAUUGUCCAGCUGAUAAAGCACAUGCAGGAGCACGCCUGGCGCUACCACUUGGAAGACAUCUUCAGAGAGGUCCAGAACGCAUUUAACAACAACCCGCUGCAGAUGCCCACCAGGGAGAGAGCUACUCUUCUGAAAAAAUUCUACCUGUUCCCGGGCCAUUGAAGCCAAGCAAGAAGGUCCAUGUGCCGUUUCCAAACCAGCUCCCUCCAGAUUUUCCUCUGCUCCAAACAUUCUUCUUGGAUAGAAGGCCACAUUUCAAACCAAGUCUAGCACAAGUCUAGUUUACAGACAGUAACUUUUCUCAGCCUUGGAGGCAAUGCAGGAGCACCAUCAGAAGCCCGUUGUGUGCCAGAGAAGGGAAGACAGCAGUUCUCUUGGGUCUCCGCAGACUCCAGUGAGUGUAUUCCAGCGGUUGAUUUGCUGGUGUAGCUGUAUGCUGGCAUGGGAAAAUAAUUGGAAGCCAGCUUCUCUGCUUCCUCACCUGUCUCCUCCACCACCUUAGUCCCAUCUCCCACCCUUUCCUCCAUUUGCACCAUCAGUUACAACAGCCUAGUCACUAGGCCAGUGAGUUGCAACAGAGCAAGGGUUGAGUAGCAAACCUUGGCUUGUUUCACAAAUGUAACUCAAGGGUGAAAUUGCUCCAGAUGGUUCUUACAGUAAAUUUGGAGGUUUUCUGGC